UUUAAAAUUAUUUUUGAAAAAAAAAAAAACAUAAAUGAAGAAUAAAACAAUAACUAUGACAAAAUUUUAGUCAAAAUUACACACAACUUUUAGCUAUGGGAAGACUUUUGCUCUUAUGACGAGGAGAAAUUUUUGUACGAGCUGGGCGUAUAAAUUGUUUGUCACUUCACUUGUGAAUUGCCACAAAAUUCACUCUCUGUUGUGUAUAGGUACCUUUCUGGCUUCCGCCCCUCCGGUCAUGGUGGCGGCGGCGGCGGCGGCGGCGGCAGCUGGGUUUCAUAACAGCAGCAGCCAUGAACUCUGAGACAGCCAUUUUAGAGAAGAAACCUCAAGAUGAUGCUAAGAAGAAAUUCAAGAGGCGUCCUCUUUAUUCAUCAAUGAAAAAGCAGCUCGAUGAUGAUUCUAGUUCUGAAGAUGAAAGGACUGACGAUGCUAACUUGCCAUCACGAAAUGUUGCAAGUUCUGUUACUGCUAGUGGCGGCCCGAAGGCAGAAUGAUAUGUUGGACCAGGCGUUGAAAUUGUGGUUGCGACACCUGGGAGGUUGAUUGAUAUGUUGGAUUCGCAUCGUACAAACUUGCGAAGGGUUACAUAUCUUGUGUUGAAUGAGGCAGAUCGGGUGUUAGAUAUGGGUUUUGAGCCUCAGAUUCGAAAGCUUGUUUCUCAGAUUAGCCCAGAUCGUCAAACUUUGUACUGGAGUGCUACCUGGCCUAAAGAGGUUGAACAACUUGCUAGACAGUUUCUUUACAACCUGUACAAAGUGAUAAUAGGAUCUCAAGAUUUGAAAGCUAACCAUGCUAUACGCCAGCACGUUGAGAUUGUUUCUGAAAACCAGAAAUAUAACAAAUUGGUUAAAUUGCUGGAGGAUAUCAUGGAUGGCCCCCCUUAA